CGAAACAAACGCUCGUCACUCGUCGUCGCGUUUCAUCCUUGUGUCGUCGCAACCCGUGAUCGCCCGUGCCGAUCUAUCGAGGAUCUACCAGACAGUUCGCACCGUACCGGGGGAUGAGAGGACUAGUAAGUCUCUCCCACUUUCACACGCGACGAUCGUCUUUCGAGGGUGACUUUUCAGCCUAACAGAGGGAAAGAGAUAUCUCCAGAUCAUGUCCACUUGGGUCCUCCUCGCUCUGUUCUCCCUCAUUUCCGGCCAGCUGGAUUUACCCUCGCUGAGGGACGAUUCACGAGACAAUUUCGGUAGACGAUUUCCUGCUACGGAUACGGAGCUGCAAGAUAUUUUGGCGAGACUGGAUUUCCUUGGCGCCGAAAGAUGCAGCGCAAACGUCGCGGGACAGUGGGCGUACGAAACGGACGUCAACGAGUACACGCAGAUACAAGCGUUGGAAGCGCAACGAACAUACGCGGAUUUUCAGAACCAGGCCUGGUUCUUGAUAUCGAAGAUCGAUAAAAAUAAUAUCAGAGAUCCUACGAUCGAGCGUCGCCUCAGGUAUUUGGCCGUGGUCGGACCAUCGGCCCUUCCACCGGAUCAGCUGGACAGGUAUAAUCGUGUGAUCAACGACAUGCUGGCGGUGUACAACGGUGCCAGUAUUUGCGCGUACAACGAUCCCUUCCGGUGCGGUCUGCGCCUGUAUCCAGAUAUAUCGCAGAUCAUGGCUAGGAGCAGGAACUGGGACGAGUUACAGUACGUAUGGACGGAGUGGAGGAGACGCAGUGGAAUGAGGAUCAAAGACCUUUAUCAGCAGCUUGUUACCUUGAACAACGAGGCUGCGAGAUUGAACAACUUCACCGACGCUGCCGAAUAUUGGAUGUUCCCAUACGAGUCACCUAAUCUGCAGCAGGAUAUCGAAGGGGUUUGGGAAAUGGUGCGACCACUCUACGAGGAACUGCACGCUUACGUGAGGAGGAAAUUGAGGGACUUGUACGGACCGGAAAAAAUCGGCGCUCAUGCUCCCCUUCCGGCUCACAUACUUGGUAACAUUUGGGCCCAAUCUUGGAGCAACAUCAUCGACAUCACGCUACCGUACCCCGGAAAAACUUACUUGGACGUUACUCAGGAAAUGCAAGCCAUGGGUUACACGCCGAUAGAGAUGUUCCGAAUCGCGGAGGAAUUUUUCUUGUCCUUGAACCUGAGCGCCAUGCCGCCAGAAUUCUGGAGCGGUAGCAUAAUCGUCGACCCCGGGGACCGGCCUCUGAUUUGCCAAGCCUCCGCAUGGGACUUUUGCAAUCGCUUGGAUUACAGAAUCAAGAUGUGUACCAAGGUCACCAUGAAGGACUUGAUCACGGUGCACCACGAGAUGGCACACAUUCAGUAUUUCUUGCGAUACAGCGGACUUCCUCGCGAAUUCAGGGACGGUGCCAAUCCAGGUUUCCACGAAGCCGUGGGUCAAGCCGUGGGUCUUAGUAUCGCGACCCCACAUCAUCUACAGACUCUGGGACUGGGCAACAAAUACAUCGACGAAUCGACAGCGGACAUUAACUACCUGUUUUCCCUGGCGAUGGACACUCUGGUGAUGCUGCCUUUCAGCAUCGCGUUGGAUACAUGGAGAUGGGACGUUUUUCGCGGUUACAUCAACAGGGAAGACUAUAAUUGCCAUUGGCAUCGUCUCAUGGAGCAAUAUGCCGGGAUCAAGCCACCCGUUUUGAGGUCGGAGGACGACUUUGACCCCGGCUCCAAGUACCACGUUCCAGCGAACAUCCCGUACAUACGGAAUUUCGUGGCAGGAGUUCUACAGUUCCAGCUUUAUCGAGCGAUGUGCCAGGCGGCUGGACAGAGGAACGUGGACGAUCCUAGGAGACCUCUACACAGAUGCGACUACUAUAGGAGCCCGGAAGCCGGCAGGAUUUUAGGACAACUAAUGGAGAGGGGAUCGUCGGUGCCGUGGCAGCAGACGCUUCGAGAAGCCAUCGGCGAAGACAGAUUGGACGCGUCCGCGUUGAGGGAGUACUUCAGGCCUCUCGAAGAUUGGCUGAGAACGGAAAACCUGAGAACCGGCGACGUGGUCGGUUGGUCUUACGAUGGAGACUACUGCAAACGCAGCAUCGAGACAGCGGGCCUGCAGGUCUACGGAAGCGGAUUUUACAAUGGCGGCGGAUCGACGCGUUCCGCGACGAUCCUGACUGGUAUCACGACGAUCCUCCUAACGGUAAUUGCGCUUCAUUAAGAGAGACGGACACGUGAAUCGAGCGUCCAUAUCCCGGAGCGUUUUAUUCGACACUUUCCCUUCUCUGGAACGUCGGGGACCGGAAACCGAUCGACGUUUCUCGAUCCUGCCAAAGCCACGAACCAAAUAGAUCACCAGAUAUAUGUAUAGACGGUCACCGUCACGGACGUCCGACGAGCCGUCGACGUCGCUUUCCGGGCAAAGAUGGGCGGAAUUCUUAUCUAAAUAGAUACAAACUUCGAGCACCGUUACCUUUUUAUUUGUCGCGCGAACGAAAUACGAACAGCUCUCUUUGUUACACGUAAAAUGAAAUAUCUCUACAAUGUUCGAAUAAAAAUUUUUAAUGUAUGAAAUGCUCCACGUUACAUUAUAUUAUCGAAUGUUCAAUGGCUAAAAUCAUGAAUAUCGCUUCGAGCAAAAUUGGUGAUUAAAUUACUCGCGAAAUCGAGGCGUGAAAGAGCUAAUAAAGUUUAAUAGAUUCGUAAUUUAAUAGGUACUUUGAGAUAAUAAAUAGACAUUCGAUGAAAUUACGGUGCUCGCGUGGAGAAAAAUUUCCAAAAGCCAGCUCGUUUUCCAGUCUGUCGCCCUAGAUGCUAGCGCCAUUAAACGGCGCGUGCGUUAUCGUUGCGUGUAAGUACUCGUUAUUAAUUUAAUCACCACCCAUCGGUGCAGUGGACGUAGCAAUAGAACAGCUAUAAUUAGGAAGCUCGCGUGCGAAUCGUACGGGACGAGCUGCUCGCGCCUCGUAAUUGUUGGCUCUGCAAUUCGGUGGGAAGAACAGAUUCACGGUUCGUAGCAAAUAAUGUUGCCCGUUGUUUCGAAUCGACGGUAACGAGUUAUGCUCGACGCGUCCAUAGUGUAAAUACAAUUGUUUAUCUGUUAUGUGCAUCGAAAGACGAGCAGAUCUUUCGAAAUUACGCGCCUGCUUAGGCUACCUUUUAUCCUGAUUGUCGUAAAUGUAGAUUAGAUCCAUCGUAAUCGAUAGAAUCGUUUUUCGACAUCAGCUCUUAAAAAUGUUAUUCCAAUCGCAGUCUUUGAAUUUAUUUCAAACGUUUCGAAAGCACAGACGGCUUCAAAAGCGUGAAAAAAUUAAUUAUAUGCCUCUUAACGCAAGCAUUAUACAAUUUCAUAAAGGAAGAUGAAUCGUAUAACAUUGUAAAGCUAUAGAAAUGAAAUUUAAAUUUAAAUGCCCGAGAGGAAUAUUUGUUGGAAGACAGAAAUUUUUGUAGACAAACGUGCACGAUUUUACACAACAAUGAGCAAGCACUUGCCGGAAGAUAUAAAACAUUCAGCUUGGUGGAACGAUGAAUCGCGUCACUGCUGUAAAUUCAAAGAAAGUUUGGAAUUACAUUUUUCGAGAGAAAUUUCUCAUCAAACGAUCCAAAUUGUCAUUCGAUGUCGUUGCAAAUUUCAUUCGACGCGAGAAAGGAAAUAUAUUCUGCGUUACUACCGAUACAUUUUAUAGCGUAAACUCGACGUGCGUUACCUUUUAAUUAUAUUGUCUUGUUCGUUGUUAAAGUGAAUUUUUAUUGUAAGAGGAAAACAGAAAAAUAAACGAAUGAAAUAAUU